AGUAUAAAUACCGAAAUGUAGCUUUCGCCCAAUUUUAGCUCAUUUUCCCUUGCACACAUUCACAUUCUGUCUUCUUUUUCCCGGCAAACAAAAAAAGAGAGAACUGAUAAAAACGUAACGCAAUAGUGGAAAAUUGUUGAGACAUGACGAGUUUUCGCAAACGGACCGUGCAAAAGCCAAUCCGUGGCACACGCACAAGCCCCCACACUGGCCAGGUGAUCACCUCCAGCGGUAAUCCAUCGCUCGAUCUGAUUUUAGGCGGUGGUCUGCCCAUCGGCUCAAUUUGCCUGAUUGAGGAGGAUCGCUUCAUGACGCAUGCCAAGGUGCUGGUCAAGUAUUUCCUGGCUGAGGGUCUGCUGUCUGAGCAGGAGCUGUUUCUUGGCAGCUUGGAUGAUUUGCCUGCAGAGAUGUUGCGUCGCCUUCCCAAGCCACUCACCGACGAGGAGGUCGAGCAAGAGCAGCGCCAGGAGCAGGAGCAGCAGGCGGAUAAAAAUGGUCUCCGCAUUGCCUUUCGCUAUAACGAUUUGCCCCUGGUAAAUUCCGAGCAGGCCACAGCGAAAAUUGGACAUCACUUCAAUUUAAUGGAGCACAUGGAUGCCAUGAUGCUCUCCUAUGCGCAUACCACUAUUUGGAAUGAUAAGAAAGUGAAUCCAGAGGAUUAUGAAGAUUUCGAUGUUGCUAACGAUACGGAACAGCCAAGCGCUGGAGGCGCUGAUUCAUUGCUGGAUCACAUAGAGUCGAUGCCGUACUCUUAUGCCCAGGCCGUGGGAUCCAAGGAGAGCCAAGAUCCGGAACCGAAACAGGCUCCAGAUGCUGCUGCUCCUGAUGCUGCUGACACUGAUGAAGCUGCUCCAACUGAACAGCCCGAUGGCUCCAGAAUUGCCAGCAACAUCAACAACAACAAUAAUAAUAAUAAUGUGGAUAACAGCACUGCCAACAAUACAACAAGCACAACUGGAACAACAACCACAACCACUCCCACUGCAUCACCAUCAGCAGGCAAGCCACAAUUUUUUUACAAUGCACGCUACGAUCGCCUGCUCAACUAUAUUCAAUUGCUGCUCAACGAUUCGAUCUUCGAGCCGGGCACCAAUAUGCAGGAGAAGAAUCUGUGCAGGGUCUGCUUAACCUCGCUGGGCUCUCCACUGUGGUACGAUGAUCACUUUGCCGAAGACUUGCUCAAGUUUCUAACUAUAUUGCGAGGCAGCGUGCGUAGCUGCACAGCUGUUUGCUUCAUCACAAUGCCCAUGCACCUGAUAGCCAAAUAUGACAGCAGCUUGGUGCCCAAGAUUCGUCAAUUGGUUGACUAUGCCAUUGAGUUGGAAUCGUUUGCUGGCUCCGAGCGUGAAACACAUCCGGCUUUCAAGGAGUACAGCGGUCUGCUGCACCUGCACAAGAUGAGCGCCAUCAAUACGCUGGCUGUGCAUAUGCCGGAGACCACGGAUUUGGCUUUCAAGCUGCGCCGCAAGAAGUUUGUCAUCGAAAAGUUGCAUUUGCCUCCAGAUCUACAGGAGGCAUCGGAGCAGGCAGCCAAAGGCGCGGAUGUGUUACCGCUACCCAAUUGCGGCGUCCGUUCAAAUGUUUCCAUGGAUUUCUAGUGCCUGUUUUUGGGCGCCGAUAUUAUGGCCACGUUGUGUUGGUUAUUUCAUUAAACCUAUACUUUUUUAUAUACUCUGUCUCUGCGCAAAAUGAAGGAAACAUAAGGAAGCCAAGCUGUGCGAAUACAAAUCAAAAGUGAAACCCACAGCAAAUGCUGAAAAAAAAAAAAAAAAAAAAAAACAAAACAACCAAUUAUAUACACAAUAAUAUAGUGCAUCGGCGUUUAUUGAACGUUGUUGCCGUUAGUACAACCG